AUAAAUGUUAAGAAGGUAGCAGCAUUAUAACGUUAAUAUUUAAUGUAAAAAUGCACAACUAACAGUAAAUGUCCUCCACAGCAGAUUUGACGUAAAUAUAAGUGAGGAGGUAUGAGUCAGAAGUGCUUACAGAAAGUACAGUAAUGAAGCAUAAAUGUGGUUCAGGCAGAGUCAGCACAGGCUGAUCGGCAUCAUCUGUGUCAUUCCUGAUCCACAGCCACUGACUCGUUCACAGCUAACUAGUUACGUUUAGUCUAAAUACUAGUGUAGGUGAACAGCUCAGUCACUAUAAUCUUAAGCCUGAUAUGAUCAUGUCAAUGCAGCUCAGCUCCCUCAACCAUCGUGACAUCCGUAUAUGCUGUUAUUUGUUAUUAUUAAUUUAAUGCCCUGUAUAUCUUCCAGUGCCAAGGUGGUUAUGUUUUCAUUGGGGUUUGUUUGAUUGCAAGCAGAGUUACGCAAAAAACACUGAAUUUUGAGGGGGGUGGGGUUCAUUUUAGAGUGGAUCCAUUUUUUUUUCACUUAAUGUAACACGGUGAAAUAUUACGUCGGCCUUGGAGGAGAUAUACGCUCUCUGAGUGGCCUUCUAGUUAUUAGGUGGGGGGUAUCCCAGUUGCUGCUCUGAUUCUUUGAGACCCAUCCAAGUGCAGGUCCUUUUCUGUCAAAUCCAACUCUACAUUUCAUUUCAAAGUGUCAAGUUAUUGAUUGGGUUUAGGUUGAUUGGAAACUCUGGGGUGAACCUAAUCGCCUAAUCGUCAGAUUGUCUCCAGCUCCCCCCACGACCCUCAAAGGAGAAGCUGUUUAGCAAAUAGAUGGAUGAUUAUAGUAGACAUUAAUGUUAGUGAUCAGGUUCUGCUAUAGGUUGAACUGCUACUUUAAACUUUAUCUAUACAGUCUUCAUAAUGUCUGCAUUGGAUAAACACUCGUUGAGUAGAAUGAACCUCACCCCACUAAUGCCCUCAUCCAAACUUUCACAAUGUAGCCUACAAUUCUUGAGUAAUUACUACUUUCCGACUCUGUUGUGUAGAACAUGAGCUCUAAUGGGCAACAAAGUGUUGAUGGAGUUUGUUCUCUGUUCAAGGAAAAUAAACAGAUUGCUCGUUUUAUUGUACUUUUGAGGAAAAGUGAAUCAGUCCAGUAGCAGACAACUGGGGCUGGUUCAGAUGCAUGAGACUAAUUCUUAAUUUAAAGUGGAAAAUUUAGCUUUUAAGCUUAAAACUCUGGUUCAGUAUCUUAAAAUGUGUGUAAAAUGUGAGAUUUGGAUCACGGCCUCCUACAUGCACACUGUGGAAUAUGGUGUCAUCAUGUGGUGGUAUAGGGGGUGUUAGAGGGCUUCAUAUGCCUCUUGAAAUGACCUCAGUGUGUGACAGAAUGAGCAUCUAUGGGAUUGCCAUGAAUUCAUGUUAUGUGGGCAGGAAAGUUUUAUUCUUUUUUUAGAGCUCAUCUGCAGCGGUGAAGGCGACAGGAGAGAGCUCUACUAAUAAUCCGACUCUUAAGGAGUAGUGAAGAGCUGCGGAGAGGGAGGGAGAAGUAGGAGGACGGAGGACAAGAGUGUUUAGAGAGAGUUGAGGAGGGAAGAGCGAAGAGGAGAGCCUGGUCAGGUAGAAAGGGGAGGGGAGGAAGAUGGAGCAAAGGAGGGGGCAGCAGCUAACGCAGCAUAAUUAGGACGGGCUGCUUGGUUACCUUCCAAACAAAGCUGCUGAUUUGUGGAGCAAACGAAGAGGAGGGGAGCAGCGUAGUGAGACAGACAGAAAAGAGGAGGAGGAGGACAGAGAGAGAGAGAGAGAGAGAGAUGAGGGGAGUGAUUGCGCCAUGCCACACACACUUGAAGCUCAGUCUCCCUUGGAGACAGUGGCAGCGUUGGAUCACGGCAUGACAGUGAAACAGUAGAGUCUCCACUUCACUGAGCUGUCUCCACCGAGCUGUGUCCCCAUCCAGACAGACAGAGAGACACUGAGAGAAGCAGAGAGAGAGAGAGAGAGAGAGAGAGAGAGAGAGAGAGAGAGAGAGAGAGAGAGCAGCAGGAGGCCUAACAGUGAGAACACUGGGCUGGAGAGGAGCGGAGAGUCCGGACUGGAGCGCUGGAAGAAGAAGACAGAAGAGUUGUCAGAGAUCUGGGAGGAAGUUGAGGGGGGGGGGCAAUCAAGAGCGCGGAGACGGAGUGGAGGAAUCAGGAGUCUGAGGAUGCACGGUGCUAACAGGAGGAGCUGCUGAGCACACACACACACACACAAACACACACCCACACACCACACACACAACACACACACACCACACGCACGCACACUGCCCAGGGAAGGACAGUGUGUUGUGCCCCCAGUGGAGGAUGAAGAAGCACUCAGCCCGAGUGGCUCCUCUCAGCUCGUACAGCACUCAGGUCCUGACCUGCCCCAUCUCUGAAGGAGAGGAUGGCUCCGAGUCUCACGCAGAGACACCGGGCAGCGAGACCAGCGGAGAGAGCCAGUCCAGCCAGACCUGCACCAACACGGCCCUGAAGGUGCUGGGAGGUCUGCUGGUGGUGCUGUGUGUGUCUUCCUCCUGGGUGGGCACCACUCAGGUGGUGAAGCUGACCUUCCAGUCGUUCUCCUGUCCCUUCUUCAUCUCCUGGUUCAGCAGCAACUGGAACAUCCUGUUCUUCCCCAUCUACUACUCUGGACACAUGGUCACCACUCGAGAGAAGCAGACGCCCAUACAGAAAUUCAGGGAGUGCAGUAAGCUCUUUGGGGAGGACGGGAUGACUCUCAAGCUUUUUGUAAAAAGAACAGCACCUUUUUCAAUCCUGUGGACUCUGACCAACUACCUGUACCUGCUGGCCUUGAAGAAACUGACUGCCACCGACGUCUCAGCGCUCUACUGCUGCCACAAGGCCUUCGUCUUCCUCCUGUCCUGGAUCGUCCUCAAGGAUCGCUUCAUGGGCGUUCGGAUUGUGGCAGCCAUUAUGGCCAUCACGGGUAUUGUCAUGAUGGCCUAUGCUGACGGUUUCCACGGUGAUUCCUUUGUGGGCGUGGCGUUAGCUGUGGGCUCAGCCUCAACAUCAGCUCUAUACAAGGUGCUGUUCAAGAUGUUUCUGGGCAGUGCCAACCUGGGAGAGGUGGCUCACUUCCUCUCCACCAUGGGCUUCUUCAACCUCAUCUUCAUCUCCUGUGUGCCCCUCAUCCUCUACUUCACCAAGGUGGAGCACUGGGGCUCGCUGUCCUCACUGCCCUGGGGAUACAUGUGUGGACUGGCAGGACUUUGGCUGGUGUUCAACAUCUUGGUGCACGUCGGUGUGGUGCUGACCUACCCCAUUCUCAUCUCCAUAGGGACACUGCUCAGUGUGCCGGGCAAUGCAGCCGUAGAUGUUCUGAAACACGAGGUGAUCUUCAGCGUGGUGCGCCUGGCAGCCACCUGCAUCAUCUGCCUGGGCUUCUUGCUCCUGUUGCUGCCGGAGGAGUGGGAUUCGGUCACGAUGCGCUUCCUGGCCACCAUCGCAGACAAGAAGUCGGAGGAACAUGGCGAGGAGCUCACAGAGUCCAGCGUCCACACUCGCAGUCGGGCAAAUGGCACUGUCUCCAUUCCCUUGGCGUGACGCGGUCGUGACGACGUGAGCUCUGCUAGGAGCCUCUGUUAACCAGUCGUGAUGCUCUGUGUGCUCAUGCCCCUCCAUCACCCACCCCAGGAGGUGUGGUUGGAUGUUCAGUCCACAUGGAUCCACCAUGAGGAAGACAGGAAGUAUUGUCUUCAACUUUAAACUUCUCUCUGGAGGUGCAUCUCUGUCUCCGUCACUUCAUCGCAAGAGGAGAAAUGAGAACAUUUAUGGAAAGGGUGGAAAGUGUUAUUCACUUUCUUGAAAAAUUUGCCACGCUCAGUCCUUUUCCUUGCACGCACCCAAACCAAGCGCUCACUUGCCUCCCCUGACCUACUCUGCAGACUGUAUUCUGUGAAUAUAAAUAUUGGCAGGGCCAGUUUGGCUCAAUCUUAUACGUAUAUUUAUGAUAUUUAAUUAGAGCUGUUUCAAUAAGAGUAUACAUUUUAAGCAUUAUAGAAUAGUAUUAUAUCAAAAAAUGGAAAUUAUACUAUGUGUAAUGUACAGGAUCUUUUGCUUUUCAUAAUAAAAGAUUUAAAACCUUCA